AUGGAUAUAAUCGGAGUAAAGGUGAUAGUAUUAUUCCUGCUUGGGUUGACCAAGGUGAGAGAAAGCCUGGAAGCUGCAACUCAGACAGGAGUAUUGGGAAGUAUGGAUUUUGAAUACCCGUUUGCAGAGCUUCUGAUCUGUAUGGGGUUUCUAUUAAUAUUCCUGGUUGAAUCCAUCGUUCAUAAAUUCUUCGGAGAUCAUCAUCAUCCUCCCCCGGCCUCGUCAAGAAAAGCCUCAAUCCAGCCUCAGAUAAAAUCUGCUAAUGGCGGAGCUAGAGGUGUAGAUAAUCAGGCCUAUAUUAUGGAGGAUGCCGUGAUUUAUCCAGAUACCUCUGAAAGCAACAGUGCUUGCUCUUGGAGCACUCAGACCAAUGGUUCUUUGACCCGGAGCAAUGAUGUAAAAUUGAGAGCAGCUCCGUUAUCAGAGGAGCAUCCAGAUACAGCUCUUAGAGCAAGUCGGUCCCCAUUCAUCACAACAAAAAAAUCGGAUAAGAAUGUUUACAAUGUGUCAAGUGCAACUCUAACCUCAUACGCUUCAUUUGAUUCAGAUAUCGGAGCUGGUCUAGAUUCUCAAGUAUCCUCCAACCUCCGAGUUCCUGCCACCUCCACCCUCCGAGGAAACUAUGUAGGAUCCUCCAAUUCUCUUGGGUCUAGCUCCUCCAACAACUCAAUAGCUAGAGAGAAGAGUUUUGUUGCAUCAAUUCGAGGAUUUUUGAUUGUUUUAGCGCUUUCUAUUCACAGCUUAUUCGAGGGCAUGGCCAUAGGUUUGGAGGAGACAGACCAAGGAGUGUGGAAGCUGUUCACAGCUGUUAUAAUUCACAGUGUAGCAAUAGUAUUCUGCAUAGGGACGGAAAUGAUUUCAAGCGGAAUGAAAAAGAAAACAAUUCUAAUCUACAUGAUCGUGCUCGGAGUUAACUCACCCAUUGGGGUUCUAAUUGGAUUAAUUGUUACCCUGCAUGUUGAAUCCGCUAGUCCAGCCCAUCUUCUUGCUGUGGGAGUUCUUCAGGGUCUAGCUGCUGGUACACUACUCUACAUCACAUUCUUCGAAGUAUUGUCCCGCGAGAAGUUAACCCGCUACAGGAUGACCGGAAUUAUAGGCGUACUCGCCAUUGCGCUGGGGUUUACUGUCAUGGCUGUGAUGGAAGGAACCGGUUCUCACACACACAGCCACGGCGGUCCAGCAACGGCUCGACAACUCGGCGGCUCAGGGCUUAAUCAUUCAGGACAUAAUCAUAUUCAUGUGGAGGAGAUACUUGGAAGCAAGGAGGACGCAUUCAACUUUAAUCCUUACCAACAUGAGCAGCACGGACACAGUCAUGAUCAUAGACAUCAUGAGUAUCAUCAUCAUCAUGAUCAUGAAGCGUCAGAUCAUUUUAACGUGAAUAAAAUGAGGAAUAAUUCUGAAAACCAAACAUUUGAUUUAUCUGAUCACAAUCAUGAAUCUCAUGAUCAUGAACAUGGUUCUCAUAAUCAUACAAAAGAUGUUCAAGAUCAUGGUCAUGAACAUGAUGAUCAUCGAAACGAAACUCAUGCCCAUGACGAUCAUCAAACUGAUGGGCAUAACCAUGACGUGCACAAGCAUGAUGAUCAUACUCAUGAAAAUUAUGAAGUUGAUAAUAAUGAACACAAAGAACUUGAUUAUUAUCUUAAUGAUCAUGAUAAUCAUGAUCAUAAACAUAAUGAUCAUGGGCAUGACCAUGAACAAAUAGAACAUGAGCAUAGUGAUCAUGAGCAUAAUGAUCAUGAAAAUGAGCAUGAUGAUCAUGAACAUGAGCAUGAUGAUCAUGAACAUGAGCAUAAUGAUCAUGAGCAUGAGCAUAAUGAUUAUGAACAUGAGCAUGAUGAUCAUGAACAUAAUCAUGAACAUGAGCAUGAUGAUCAUGAACAUAAGGAUGAUAAUCAUGAACAUGAGCAUGAUGAUCAUAAUCAUGAACAUAAAGCACAUGCGCUAGAACAGUUUGAACACAGUGAAAAUGAUCACGGACACAUUAUUCAUGAACAUGAGUAUGAUUAUUAUGAUCAGGAUCUAUCUGAGACAAUGAACAGUGUCCCCGUGAAAAAAUCUGGUGAAAAUGUUGAAGACGAUAUUCUUGAUGUAACAGAUUUACUUUCUGGUGUUACAAACAAUUUUAACAGUUCUAGACAAGGCGACAUAGAAGUUUUCGUUGACGGAUAGAAACACACUGAUUGUUGUACGUACAUAAACUAUUUUCACAAACAUUGUAAAUUUUUUUUUCAUCAAUUGAAUUAUUCAUAGUUUUCAUGAUCAUUCAGAGAGUGUAGUCGUUUUUUUGUCCAGCUUUUUUUCAACGUUUCAUUUUCAAACAUUUGCCCUUUUACUCAUUGCAUUUGUACUUUAGUUGUCACAUUGCCAAUCAACGAUAAAUAUUUCCGGUUUGAUAAUAACAUAUUCGGCUGUGAGAAUUUUUUAACCAAAUGUAACGAAAAAUGUUAAAUUAAACAGUACUAUUUUAAAUUCGCCUGUACGGCAUCUGUUCGUUGUGAUACAAAUAUUUAUUUGAUUUUAAAAUCUCCGAAGAAUUUAUGAACGAUGGAUUCAACCAGGAAUAUUAAUAGAAACCCUAGACAUAAUAUAUAAUUCUUUCAAAAUGUUUUUUUUCUACAUAUAUGAUAUUUUUACAGUUUACAUUACUGUACU